CAGGUGGUGACCUCGUCGUGGGAUUGCACGGCGAAGGUCUGGUCUGCCGACUCCGGGGAGUGCCUGCGCACGCUGCAGGGCCAUCAGGUCUGGGUGACCUCCGCCUCCUUCUCGCCAGGCGGUGAACGGGUGGUGACCACGUCGCGGGAUGGCACGGUGAAGAUCUGGUCCGCUGGUUCCGGGGAGUGUUUGCUGACACUCCGAGAUCGGGGCAACGGACGCUUCGACAUGUUGCAUGCGGGGUUCUCGCCGGACGGGCAGCAGGUGUUGACCUCCUCGAAGGACGGCACGGCAAAGGUCUGGUCUGCUGCCUCAGGGGAGUGCCUGCGCACACUGGAGGGCCACCAGGAUUGGGUGUUCUAUGCCGCAUUCUCGCCAGACGGGCAGAAGGUGUCGACCGCUUCGCGGGAUGGCACAGCGAAGAUCUGGUCCGCUGGUUCCGGGGAGUGCCUGUUGACGCUCGAGGGCCAUCGGAACGACGUGAAUUCCGCCGUGUUCUCGCCGGACGGCGGGCAAAAGGUACUUACCGCCUCGAAGGACCGCACGGCGAAGAUCUGGUCCGCUGCCUCCACGGAGUGCCUUGUAUCUUUGGAGGGCCACGAGGAUGAGUUGAACUCUGGCGUGUUCUCGCCGGACGGACAUGAAGUGCUGACCGCUUCGGACGAUGGCACCGCCAAGAUCUGGUCCGCCAGCUCAGGGAAGUGCCUGCUGACGCUGGAUUGCCUAUUUGAUGUGUCGUUUGCCUCCUUCUCGCCGCUGUGAGGCCCUCUCCGCUGAUAAUUCGGCCUGUUAUGUAUGUUUCUCGUUGUGUAUCGGAGACUCGGAGGCGCCAGAUGGUCCGGCGGCGGCUCCGCGCCCUCUCCCGGCACGCCCAGGGGGCCAGCGAGGGUGCGCGCGGAGGACGUCGAGCGGGCGCCCUGGGGCGCGCUUCGCGGUCGGCCCGACGGCCCCGACGGCCCCCCUAGGGGCCCCGCACGCUGCCCGGCGCCGCCUCGGCCCGCUGGCGGCCAGAAGGCAUCGUCGGAGGCCACGCAGCUUCUGGAGUCCUCUGUGCAGGCGCCGCCGCGCCGGGCGCUGCCUCCCCGCUCGGCGCAGGUUGCCACUCCGCGCGCCGGCCGCGGUCGUCUCCGACUUCCAGGCGGCGUUCCCGUCGCUCGCGCGCGGCUUCUUGGCGCGCGCCCCGCGCCGGCUGGGUCUGCCGCCGUCGGCGCGCAUAGCAGUCGAGGGCCUUUGCUGGGGGCGCGGUUGCAGACUCGCCGUCGGAGGGCGCCUGCACCAAGGCUUCCAGAUUCAGGCUGGGGUCAGGCAGGGAUGCCCGUUAUUAUUGGCACUGUUGUUUGCCGUUGUGGUCGAUCCGUCGUUGCGGAGAUUGGGCGGGGCAUUAAUUACCUUCAGCAGCAGUGCGGGCUUGCGCGGAUGACCUCGCAACUAUGUUUCCUGACAUGGCCGAGGCUCAGGAGGA